AUGAGAGUGGAAACUGGAACUGCGGACUCGAAUUGGCAGAGGUUAGCAACACUUGCGUCACUCCGCUCGAAUCACAACACCGCCCUGGGUCCUAGCCAGGCUAAUCUUUUACCUUCACUGGCCCAGACUGAGACAGGCCAGCGUGUUCGGCCUGAAAGACGUCAAGAAGAAGACCAAGGAGAAGCUGCGGUUGGUUUGUCGGAGAAGAGGUCGAUGGUCGUGUUCCCGAAAGUGCGACCGGAAGACGCCGGGAGGUACGAGUGUAGGGCAACCUCCGUCUCUGGAGUCGUCAAAUCCAUCUUCGCCGUGGUGACCGUGGAAGCACUGCCAGCCUCCAAUGUCCAGGACAACACAUCAUCGGGACUCCUUCCUCUAAGAUCCUCUUAUAAAGUGACAUCACCAAGGGCACCCGAUGACACACUAUCUGCUGAAAGAUGCAUGAGUCGCUCUUGGCAACCCAGUUCCAUAAUGACCGUCUGUCGUGUCAUUAGUCUGACUCAUCUCUUGGUCCUUAAUGCUAGCUGA